AUGGCUGCAAAAGUGGUCCCUAUGCCCACCAAGCCAAAACGGUCCUUUAUACUGAGAGUCCCUCCCAACUCCAAGCUGGGCCAAGACCUACUCCGAGAUGCUACUAGUGGACCCAAGACCAUCCACCAACUGGUUCUGGAGCACUUCCUCACCUUCUUGCCCAAGCCAAGCUUAGUCCAACCCAGUCAGAAAAUCAAGGAGACCUUGGUUAUUGUCAAGGAUGUAAGCUCAAACCUUCAGAAUAGAGUGCAACCUUGUCCCUUAGUGAAGCUUCUGCCUAGAGAAGGAAUCCAACAGAAACAGGAGACAGUAUCUCUGUGUCUGAAAUCUGAAUCUGAGAAACUGGUGGUCUUUGAGGAUUUGAAUGUAUUUCACUCCCAAGAAGAAUGUGUAAGCCUGGAUCCUGCUCAGCAGCCCACCUCAGAGAUGGAAGAAGACAGCAUUGGGGAGAUGAUGUUACUGGUCAGUGGCAAUAAUCCUGAGGGUGAAGAGCUUCAGACAGAACCUGUAGAGGAUGAAGAUCGUAGAGAAGAGUCUUCAGAUUGUGAUGAAAUGGAUUGUUCCAUGGUCCCUGAGCAGCCUCCAGAUUGCCAAAAAGAAAAAAGGUUAAAUACAUCUAUUCCAAAGGAAAGGAAAAUGAGAAAUCUUUUAGUUACCAUUGAAAAUGAUACUCCUCUAGAAGAACUCUCAAAAUACGUGGAUAUUAAUGUUAUUGCACUUACCCGAAAUCGUAGAACAAGAAGAUGGUAUACUUGUCCGCUGUGUGGGAAACAGUUUAAUGAGAGUUCUUACCUUAUUUCCCACCAGAGGACUCACACUGGAGAAAAGCCCUAUGACUGCAGUCACUGUGGGAAAAGCUUUAAUCAUAAAACAAACCUUAAUAAGCAUGAGAGAAUCCAUACAGGAGAGAAGCCUUAUUCAUGUUCUCAGUGUGGGAAAAACUUCCGUCAGAAUUCUCAUCGAAGUCGCCAUGAAGGAAUCCAUAUAAGGGAAAAGAUACUUAAGUGUCCAGAAUGUGGGAAAACCUUCCCAGAAAACAAAGAGUUUGUGAUUCACUUGCAGAGUCACAAGGCCAAGAGGCCAUAUGGUUGUAAAAAGUGUGGGAGAAGAUUUGGUCGGCUAUCAAACUGUACCCGGCAUGAAAAAACCCACUCAGCAUGUAAGACCCGAAAACAGAAGUGA